AUGGCUUCUACAACGGCCUGCUUGUCCAGGGUGAAUGUGUUCAACCCUCUCAUCCAAGGGAACACUCUCAGGUCAAGAUGUACAAGCACUGUGCGCCUGGCUGCUCCGGUCCUUAGGCCGGCUCUCCGAGCUGCUCCCGUCGCUCCUCGUUGCAGCUUCGAGGACUCGUCUUCUUCGGCAUCCUCCAAGCUCGUUAAACAAAGCACUUCUUCCAUUGUUCCUCACGCUGCUGAGGGUGCGGCCCCUGCUCCUGCCGCGGGCCCAACUCCCCUUAAGAAGUUCAUUGAGACCCUCACCACCCUCUUCCCAGUCUGGGUCAUUCUUGGAACCUGCAUCGGUCUCGUUAAGCCUUCGGCUGUGACAUGGCUCCAAACCGACCUCUUCACAUACGCUCUCGGUUUCCUCAUGCUCUCCAUGGGCCUCACCCUCACCUUCGAGGACUUCCGUCGCUGCCUCCGCAACCCCUGGACGGUCGGAGUCGGUUUCAUCGCGCAGUACUGCAUUAAGCCGCUCCUUGGCUAUGCCAUUGCUCUGGCCCUGAAGCUCCCCGCCCCUCUGGCCACCGGGCUCAUCCUCGUGUCGUGCUGCCCCGGCGGUCAGGCAUCCAAUGUCGCCACCUACAUCUCUCGCGGCAACGUCGCCCUCUCCGUGCUCAUGACCACGGCGUCCACCAUCGGCGCCAUCUUUAUGACGCCAUUCCUCACCAAGAUCCUCGCCGGCCAGCUGGUGCCCGUCGACGCCAAGGGUCUAGCCAUCAGCACUUUCCAGGUCGUGCUUGUGCCCACCAUUUGCGGAGUCCUCGCUAACGAGUUCUUCAACGACAUCACUAAGAAGAUCACCUUCUUCACCCCACUUGUUGGCGUCGUUCUCACCACCCUGCUCUGCGCGUCCCCGAUCGGUCAGGUGGCGGAGGUGCUCAAGGCGCAGGGCGCGCAGCUUAUUAUCCCCGUCGCUGCUCUGCACGCCUUCGCCUUCGCUCUGGGAUACUUCCUCUCGCGCACCUUCAACUUCAGCGAGUCCACCUCCCGCACCAUCUCCAUUGAGUGCGGCAUGCAGAGCUCGGCUCUUGGGUUCCUUCUAGCCCAAAAGCAUUUCUCCAACCCCCUGGUCGCUGUGCCAUCUGCUGUCAGCGUUGUCUUCAUGGCUCUGGGAGGAAGUGCUCUUGCUGUCUUCUGGAGGAACAACCCACUUCCCAAGGAUGACAAAGAUGACUUCAAGAACGCCUCCAGUGGCGGCAGCGCAAGCGGCCGCAGAUCCUGCCCGCAAACGCCGCGCGGGGGUUCCGCGGGCGGCUUCCGCACGCCACCUGGCUGCGGCGGGCUAGGGUCCGGCCGACGCGGCGGGCCGCUUGCGGAUCGAACGGCUCUGACGAACGGCGGCGUCGCCACGUCAUCGCUGCGCGAAUUCUCGUACCAGGAGCUAUGGAUAGCGACGCGGAAAUUCGAAAAGGAGGGAAAGCUGGGGGAGGGCGGAUUCGGGAGCGUUUUCCGGGGAACCAUCGAAGAGGACGUUUGCGCUUCGGGCGCGGGGAUGGGCGCGGGUAGCGGGGAGGGCGGAAAGCGGAAGCUGCAGGUGGCGGUGAAGGUGCUGAAUCAGGGGGGACAGCAGGGUGAGGUGGAAUGGAAGACGGAGGUUCGGUACCUGAGCGAGGUUCGGCACCCGAACCUGGUGCGGCUGGUCGGGUACUGCUCGGACGGGCAUCACCGGCUGUUGGCGUACGAGUAUCUGCCGUACGGCAGCCUCGAACGAUUCCUAUUCACCCGCGCCAUACAGCCUCUCCCAUGGGCGGUGCGAAUGAAGGUGGCGCUGCACGCGGCGCAGGGCUUGGCGUAUCUACACGAGGAGGCGGACCGGCAGAUCAUCUACCGCGACUUUAAGGCGUCCAACAUUCUGCUGGACGAGGAUUUCAACGCAAAGCUCUCUGAUUUUGGCCUGGCAAAGGACGGUCCCGAGGGCAACCAGACGCACGUGUCAACGCGGGUCAUGGGCACAUACGGCUACGCCGCCCCCGAGUACAUGAUGACUGGCCACCUCACCGCCAAGUCAGACGUCUACAGCUUCGGAGUCGUUCUUUUAGAAAUGAUUAGCGGGCGGCGGGCCAUGGAGCCGGAGUUCCCGAGGCGGCAGCAGAACAUCGUCGAGUGGGCGCGGCCGUUUUUGGUCGAUCCGAGCAAGAUGCUGCUAUUGGUGGAUCCGAGGGUGGGCGGCGAGUAUUCGGUGAAGGGCGCGCAACGAGCGGCGGUUCUGGCGCGCAAGUGCUUGAAUAAGGACCCGCACGCACGGCCUCUCAUGUCGGAAGCGGUUCGGGUGCUUUCUUCAAUUCAAAACUUGACGGAUUUCGCGAGCAAGCUGGAGCAGGCUCAGCGGCUACACGGUACUUAG